AUGGAACACUCUGAAGAUACUGAAGAACACACAGAGCUGAUCGAAGAGAACCAGGAGAGUGAAGAAUCAAGUGAAGUUGAGGAGAAAAAUCAUGUCAAAACCAGAGAAAAACCUUUGAGUUGCUCUCAAACCAAACAGAAAGAUUUAAAGAAAAGAAGAGCCAAGAAAUCUUUCACCUGCACUCAGUGUGGAAAGAGUUUCACCCUCAAAUAUAAUCUUGAUAUUCACAUGAGACUUCAUACUGGAGAGAAACCAUACACAUGUGAUCAGUGCGGGAAGAGUUUUACAAGAUCAGAAAAACUUAAGGGUCACAUGAACAUCCACACUGGAGAGAAACCUUACAAGUGUUUACACUGUGACAAGAGAUUCAGUCUGUCAGGAAACCUGAAAACACAUGAAAGGAUCCACACUGGAGAGAAACUGUCCACAUGUGAUCAGUGCGGGAAGAGUUUUUCGCGAAAAGAAUGCCUUGCAGAGCACAUGAGAGUUCAUACUGGAGAGAAACCAUUCUCUUGUGAUCAUUGUGGGAAGAGAUUUACACAAUCAUCAAACCUUAAGAGACACAUGAACAUCCACACAAGAGAGAAACUGUACUCAUGUGAUCAGUGCGAUAAAACAUUUUUAUGGGCUUUAGUCCUGAAGAAACACCUGACGGUUCAUACACAGGAGAAGCCAUAUUCGUGUGAUUUGUGUGGAAAGAGUUUUACAUUGCUACAAAGUUUGAAACAACAUCAGAAACUUCAUACUGGUGUGAAAGAGUACAUGUGCUUUGAGUGUGAAAAGACUUUUAUUUCAGCGGACCGUUUAAAACAGCAUGAGAUGAUUCACACUGGAGAGAAACCUUACAAGUGUUCACACUGUGACAAGAGAUUCAGUCGGUCAGGAGACCUGAAAAGACAUGAAAGGUUCCACACUGGAGAGAAACUGUGUGAUCAAUUAUUUCUAGUGAAAUAUACAGCGUAG